UGUUCCAAGCAUUGGUUUUAAUUUUAUUUAAUGAUAGUGAUAACCUUUCGUUAGAAGAUAUUAAAACCGCUACAAAUAUCGAAGACGGUGAACUAAGAAGAACACUGCAGUCCUUGGCAUGUGGAAAAGCUCGUGUUCUUCAAAAGAAUCCGCGUGGUCGGGAUGUUGCCGAUAAUGAUAGAUUCGUUUUUAACGCAGAAUUCACAAACAAACUGUUCAGAAUUAAGAUCAAUCAAAUCCAAAUGAAAGAAACGAAUGAAGAACAAAAAGCAACAGAAGAAAGAGUAUAUCAAGACAGACAAUAUCAAAUAGACGCUGCUAUUGUUAGAAUUAUGAAAAUGAGAAAAACUUUGACCCAUAAUCUUCUCAUCAGUGAAUUGUAUAAUCAAUUGAAGUUUCCUGUAAAGCCAGCAGAUUUGAAAAAGCGGAUUGAGUCUCUUAUAGAUAGAGACUAUAUGGAGCGAGACAAAGACAACGCAAAUCAAUACAAUUAUGUUGCGUAACCUAAAGCAAAUGCCAAAGUUAUAUUGACUUAUAAAAUUGACGCUAAUUUUUCUAGCAAAUUCAAUCUAUCACAAUUGGUGUUUGUCCAUCGUGAAUGUGAACGAGUUCAAACGAGAGAUUAUAUAAUCAAUCCGACUGUUCAGAUAAAGUUAUAAUGUGUGUGAUCGAAGGAAAAAGACUUGGUUCAGUGAAUUUCCCUGUUUGGUUUUUAGUGUGCAAGAGACAUUGAACGGUUAGAAUCCUUUUUUAACCAGUGUUCCGAGUUUGCGAAAUAAGAUAAAAAGGACAUAAUGAUAGGCAAAAGAAGCUUGAUGUAAUGUCCUAGAAUAUAACAAUUUUUUAUGCAACACAAUUUUUCACAGCUACUUACGAUUAAGAGGAUGUAAUAAAGAAUGGAAAAAUGUAUACAUACUGUGACACUAUCAUAAAAAUAGAAAAUAAGAGUGCAAUCGCAAUAUAAUUAGUUAAUUCAAAAACUGAACAACACAUAGUACAGUAUUUAUAACAAAAAUAAAAGAGCGUCUACUAUACGCGCGCGCGUACACACACACACACUCACACCU